CUCAACCCUUGAUUCAUUUGAUUUAGUUUUGUGUAAGGACGAGAGCGGCUCACAUGGACCCUUUGGCUCUCUUCCUUCUUCUAUUGCUUCAGUGUUUUCAGUGGACACCUGUUCCUGCAUCUGAUGACAUCUCUUGGACCUACACUGGACUGGUGGGACAGUCCGAGUGGUCCGAAUAUUUCAGCGACUGUGGUGGCACUUCGCAAUCUCCUGUUGAUGUGGUGACCACUCAAACUAAAUAUGACCCCGGUUUGCUCCCUCUUACCCCCCUGGGGUAUGAGCAACAUGGCAACAGGCCCUUCACGCUGUACAACAACGGACACUCAGCUGUGAUCGAGCUGCCGGACUGGAUGGGCAUAGGGGGGCUUCCUUGGCUUUUUACAGCCGUGCAAAUGCACCUGCACUGGGGCAGUGGCGGUCCAGGACCCGGAGGCAGUGAGCACACCAUCAACGGACAGAGUGCAGAUGCAGAGCUACAUGUGGUGCACUACAACUCUGAACUGUACCCAAACAUGACUGCUGCCAUGACACAGAAGAACGGCCUGGCUGUUUUAGGGAUACUCAUUGUGCUGGGAGAGGAGACAAACCUGGCUUUCAACAACAUCCUCAACUACUUGAGCCGCAUCAGACAUGCAAACCAAAGAGUGUUGAUCCCAGCUUUUGAUGUUCGCUCACUGCUGCCGAAAGAUUUGAGAAGCUACUAUCGCUACAACGGGUCCCUGACUACACCACCCUGCUACCAGAGUGUGAUGUGGACACUCUUCCAUGAGAGAGUACAGAUUUCAAAAGCACAGCUGCUAAAGAUGGAAACGAUACUUUACUCCAGUAAAAGCGAAGAUCCAGAGAGGAUUCUGCUGCAGGACAAUUACAGAGUGACACAACCGCUCAACCACAGGGUCGUCUUUUCCUCCUUUAGUGCAGAAUCCUGGAAAGAACUCUCCUCAGGGGAAGUGACCGCCGUGGUGAUCGGAGUGAUGUGCGGCUGCGUAGCCUUGGCAGUAAUUGUUCGCUUCAUCGUGAAGACGAUACGCAGAUACUUUACUCUCCUUCAUCGUGAGACAGUCGUGGUAAACAGCUCUACCUCUAGCUGGGACGUCCUGCACAGCAACCGGCCUGCUCCCAUGCAAAGGAUGAAAGAGCCAGAGAAAGCAGCAGAGAACAAACAAGACACAGAUCUUAACUCCACCACUCAAGGUGGACAGAAAGAAGAACCCUCUCCGCCACCACCUCAGUUGGAACCUUAACAAAAAAUCUCGACCUCGACAGGUCACUCUCCCUCCCCAUGGUACAGUUGUUACUGCUAAUCCAGUCCUGAUUCAGGGAUUAAAAGCGUUUUCUACUGUGGUUCACGUUUGCUACUGUGGUACAUGAAAGGACACAGGCGGGAAGCAGCCUUGGACAUGGGCAGGCUUAAUUCACUUUGCACAUGAAGCACUUGUCUUGAAGUAAUGAUGCAACAUUUCGCCUCUAGCUCCUAUUACGUGGCUCUGGUCAUGGCUGACAGAUAAUUUGUACAUAUUUUGUAUCUGUAUCUGCUGUAAUUCCAUCCAGCACAAGCACUCAGCACUGUCGAUGCAUUAAAAAUGUGUCAUUAAAUGAAGGCAACCUUUUAUUAUUAAUGUGUUUUAGGAAUCUACCAACGAUGCACUCAAACUAGUCAGUGUCCCAAAGGAUUGAGAUGUAAUAGUGAUUACAUUCGGUCAACCGUGGUGAUUCUUCAUGUUAGUUGCUUGCUGCCACAUUAAAAAGACCUGA